AUGCAGCUAGUGAGCUCCCUGUGGCUAUGGGGGACUGCAGAAGCCUUGGGUCAUCUGCAGAUGACCUUGGGUGACUUUGUAGAGGAGUGGCUGAGUGAAUCUGCUGACUUCCGUUUUCUUUUUCUGUUUCAGAUUUUGUGCACGGAUGCCUGUAGUAGUGUCCCCUGUGAGCUGGUUACAGUCAAAUCUACCACCACUGAGAUUCUUGUCAGUAAAAAACCAGAAAACCUUUCACUAAUAACCGUGACUGAUUCGAGCAACCAGAAUCCGCAGCGUUUCCAAGAGAAUGGAGACGACAUUAUUUCAGUUGCGGGGCUGGCUCCUGGUACGAACUAUUAUAUCAGAUACUCAAAUGGCUCUAGUUUCUGCUGCCAAGUGUGGACACAACCCAGUCCUGUGUUUGGCAUUGAAGCUAUUUCCAUCAGUCCCACCAGCGUGAAUCUAACAUGGAAAAAUGACGACUCAGCUGCUUCUAAUUAUGAGUAUGAAGUAAAGGAUGAGACGGGAAGCUGGACGGGGACUUCUGGUGUAAAUCAAAGAAGGAUUGAUAUCCCCGACUUGAGUCCAGCGACUUUAUAUACCUUCUCCAUCACUCCAAAAAUAAACGGAAGUAGGGGAAAUGCCAGCUUCAUAAAUGUCACAACAACGCCUCUUCCAGUGUCUGACCUUCAUGUUACCUGCAAGGGUGUGACCGCAGUUGCACUGGCCUGGAAGAAUAGCAAUGGCACUGCCACCUUCCGGAUACUCCUAGAAGCCACGGGAAGCCAUGAGGAGGUGACUCAAAACUUAGCAGUCAACAUUUCAGACCUGAAGCCAGGGUUUAAAUAUAAGGUCACCCUAAACGUUUCGGAAUCAAACAGCCCUGGAGAACAUGGCUCAGCAAAUGCCACCGGCACAGAGAGCUCAGACCCGACACCCAAAAGCCUCACUCCCCUUAUGUACAACGACCCACCCUCUGGCUUUCCUCUGACUGACACGGAAGUCCUGCUUCUUGGGUUAAAGUCUGGCACGUCGUACAAUGCCACUGUUUAUCCUCGAGCACCAACCGGCCCGGAAGGAGAGCCCCAGAAAAUAGUCUUCAGCACACAAUCCAGUCAGGUUUUUGACAUCGAAGCUACAAACGUCACUGCCACAAGCAUGAUCCUGACCUGGAAAAUCAAUAAUGAUUCGUGCUUUGUCUACACCUACGAGAUAGACGUUGAGCCCGCUUCCCUCAAUCUCAAUCUCACCAUCAAUGAGACUCAGGCUGUCAUCACCGGACUCAGCUCGAGCACCUUAUACAACAUCACAGUGCGCCCGUUCCUGCAGGACAGCUCUGCGGGCAUGCCGGGCUUCCUCCAGGUGUACACCCGUCCUGGUCCAGUUUCUGACUUCCGAGUGACGAGUGUCACCACAAGGACUGUUAGCUUAGCGUGGAGCAGCAAUGACUCGGACUCCUUUAGAAUACUCACCUCACAGAACGGAACUGGAAAAUCUCAGAAUACAACCGCCCAAAGUAGUAUCGUCAUUGAUGGCUUAUACCCUGGGACCGAGUAUUGUUUUGAAAUAUUUCCACAAGGGCCAAAUGGGACUGAAGGGGAUUCCCGGACAGUUUGCAAUACAACUGACUCCGCUGCUGUGUUUGACAUCCGCGUGGUCAAUGUCACCACAACUGAAAUGACGUUAGAGUGGCAGAAUCUAGACAACGCCCCUGACUACAUCUACCACCUAGAGCUGGAGUCUAAGCAUGACUCUAACCAGAUGAAUAGCUCCGACAAAUCCAUCACUCUCAGGAACCUGAUCCCGGGCACCUUAUAUAACAUCACCAUUGUUCCAGAAGUGAACGGUGUCCGGGGGAGCUCCAGCUUCACUGUGCAGUACACACGGCCCAGCAGUGUGUCCGACAUUAAAAUAAGUACUGACACCACAUCAGCAACCUUCAGGUGGCAGAACGCUGAUGCGGCCUCUCUCACGUACAUCUACCGCCUUCUUAUUGAGAAAAACGGGAAUUCCAGCAACGCAACUGAAAUAGUCACAGGGAUUGGCAUCACCAGUGCUACAGUCACCGAGUUAACACCUGGCUCCGGGUACACAGUGAAGAUCUUCGCCCUAGUGGGGAACGUCACUGAGUCCCUGGCGCCUGACUGGCAGUCCUUCUGUACAGACCCGGCCCCAGUAGCCCCUUUCCACUGUGAAGUGGUCCCCAAAACUCCAACCUUGGUGCUCAAGUGGACCUGCCCUCCCGGCACCAACGAAGGCUUUCGGCUGGAGGUCAGCAGCGGAGACUGGAAAAAUACGACACUCCUGGAGGGCUGCUCCUCGGAGGACGGCACCGAGUACAGGAUGGAAGUCACAUAUUUGAAUUUUUCUACCUGGUAUGACAUCAGCAUCACUGCCUUGUCCUGUAACAAGAUGGCAUCUCCCGCCCAGAACACCUGCCGCACGGGCAUCACAGAUCCCCCUCCUCCAGAUGAGUCUCCCAAUAUUACGUCUGUCAGCCACAAUUCGGUCAAGAUCAAGUUCAGCGGGUUUGAAGCCAGCCACGGACCCAUCAAAGCCUAUGCUGUCAUCCUCACCACGGGGGAAGGUAAAGGGGUCGUUGUGGGGUGUGUCAUCUGUGGAGCUGUGUUCGGAUGUAUCUUCGGUGCCGUGGUGAUUGUGGCUGUUGGAGGGUUCAUCUUCUGGAAAAAGAAAAGGAAAGAUGCAAAGAGCAAUGAAGUGUCCUUUUCGCAGAUUAAACCUAAAAAAUCCAAGCUAGUCAGAGUGGAGAAUUUUGAGACUUACUUUAAGAAACAGCAAGCUGACUCCAACUGUGGGUUUGCAGAAGAAUAUGAAGAUCUGAAGCUUGUUGGAAUUAAUCAACCUAAAUAUGCAGCUGAACUGGCUGAGAAUAGAGGGAAGAACCGCUAUAAUAAUGUUCUGCCCUAUGAUAUUUCCCGUGUCAGAGAGAAAGUCCAGACCCAUUCAGCCGACGACUACAUCAAUGCCAACUACAUGCCUGGCUACCAUUCCAAGAAAGAUUUCAUUGCCACACAAGGACCUUUACCCAACACUUUGAAAGAUUUUUGGCGUAUGGUUUGGGAGAAAAAUGUAUAUGCCAUUGUCAUGCUGACCAAAUGUGUUGAACAGGGAAGGACCAAAUGUGAGGAGUACUGGCCUUCCAAGCAGGCCAAGGACUAUGGGGACAUAGCUGUGGCAAUGACAUCCGAGAUUGUUCUUCCAGAAUGGACCAUCAGAGACUUCAUAGUGAAGAAUAAGCAGACAAGUGACAGUCACGCUCUGCGACAAUUCCACUUCACAUCCUGGCCUGACCACGGGGUUCCCGACACCACUGACCUGCUCAUCAACUUCCGGUAUCUGGUCCGUGACUACAUGAAGCAGAGUCCUCCCGAAUCGCCAAUUCUGGUGCAUUGCAGUGCGGGCGUUGGAAGGACGGGCACUUUCAUUGCCAUCGAUCGUCUCAUCUACCAGAUAGAGAAUGAGUACUCCGUGGACGUGUACGGGAUUGUGUAUGACCUUCGCAUGCACAGGCCUCUAAUGGUGCAAACAGAGGACCAGUAUGUUUUCCUCAAUCAGUGUGUUUUGGAUAUCAUCCGGUCCCACAGGGACUCGAAAGUGGAUCUCAUCUACCAGAACACAACCGCAAUGACAAUCUACGAAAACCUGGCCCCUGUGACCACGUUUGGACAAACCAAUGGUUACAUCGCCUGAUUCCAAAGGAAAAAUCUCUCUGGAGUUAAUGAGGCCACCACACCCACAGCAAAGGAAGAUGCCCAGAUGUGGACAUGCGUUUAGAUGUCUAAUAUCUUAAUUCUUUGUUCUGUUUUGUUAGAACUAAUUGAGGGUGUGAAGCUGCCCACGUAACACGUGAGAGAUGAGAAGUUGGGGCUGUUGGGGGCUGUGAAUGGGUGGUGAGCCAAUCAGCUGCAUUCCUGGUCCCCGUGGGAGGAGUUCACUCUUUUCCCUUGAGAAUGAUGGAAAACCAGGAAAAGUGAGCUAUGAUUCUUUUUUUUCUUUUUCAAAACAGAUUUUUUUU